AUGUGCGUCCACCUCUUACUGCAGGAGAAAAUGGACCAGAAGGAUAGACAGCAGGGGGCGCUACCAGAGAUGAAACGUAAUCUGCUGGUGAACAAGAGAAACACCAAAAAUAAGACUAACAAGUGUGUUCAUCUAAGGAAAGCUGGAGGGGAAAAAGCAGACCGAGCAGCUGAGGGAGAGAAGGAAGUGGAUCGAGCAGCUGACGGAGAGAAGGAAGUGGAUCGAGCAGCCGAGGGAGAGAAGGAAGCGGACCGAGCAGCCGAAGGAGAAAAGGAAGCAGACCGAGCAGCCGAAGGAGAAAAGGAAGCAGACCGAGCAGCCGAAGGAGAAAAGGAAGCAGACCGAGCAGCCGAAGGAGAAAAGGAAACGGACCGAGCAGCCGAAGGAGAAAAGGAAACGGACCGAGCAGCCGAAGGAGAAAAGGAAACGGACCGAGCAGCCGAAGGAGAAAAGGAAACGGACCGAGCAGCCGAAGGAGAAAAGGAAACGGACCGAGCAGCCGAAGGAGAAAAGGAAACGGACCGAGCAGCGAAGGAGAAAAGGAAACGGACCGAGCAGCCGAAAGAGAAAAGGAAACGGACCGAGCAGCCGAAGGAGAAAAGGAAACGGACCGAGCAGCCGAAGGAGAAAAGGAAACGGACCGAGCAGCCGAAGGAGAGAAGGAAGUGGAUCGAGCAGCCGAAGGAGAAAAGGAAACGGACCGAGCAGCCGACGGAGAAGGAAGCGGACCGAGCAGCCGAAGGAGAGAAGGAAGUGGAUCGAGCAGCCGACGGUGAGGAGGAAGUGGAUCGAGCAGCCGAGGGAGAGAAGGAAGCGGACCGAGCAGCCGAAGGAGAGAAGGAAGUGGAUCGAGCAGCUGACGGUGAGGAGGAAGUGGACCGAGCAGCUGACGGUGAGGAGGAAGCGGACCGAGCAGCUGACGGAGAGAAGGAAGCGGACCGAGCAGCCGAAGGAGAGAAGGAAGCGGACCGAGCAGCCGAAGGAGAAAAGGAAACGGACCGAGCAGCCGAAGGAGAAAAGGAAACGGACCGAGCAGCCGAAGGAGAAAAGGAAACGGACCGAGCAGCCGAAGGAGAAAAGGAAACGGACCGAGCAGCCGAAGGAGAGAAGGAAGUGGAUCGAGCAGCUGACGGAGAGAAGGAAGUCUAA